AUGUAUGGCGCACCAGUCUCAGCUGUCAUCUUUCAGCAGGAGCCCACGUCUGCAUGUCAGAAAGUUUUGGGAUACCAAGGGCCCGCUCCAAGAGGCCCGUGGGUCAAGCGUUUCUUGUUGGGUGCUGUUGUUUCAGAGCUAGCUGCUGGCAGGGCCUUUACGGCGACACUCUUUGAAGAGGCGCAUGCAGCGCCAGCCAUCGGCGGCUUGGUACUAACGCAAGCCCUGCACGAGUACACGCUGCCACCUGAAGUCGUGUUGUACGAACCGUCACCACAUGACAUCCACCGGGGCGGCGUGCCAGCGGCAGAGGGAAAGACCGGUAACCGCCUGAUUUUCCUGAACGUGCCGCUGCUUGACUACGAACAAAAAGCAUUGCGAAACUUGCAUGAUGCGCUGAAAGACGAGAAGGCACUGGCCCCCGAAGGUGAUGGAAUCAUUCCAUCCUACGUGCGUUUGCACGCCCUGCGGAUCUUGCAGCAGUCCAAGUUGCGCGUGGACAAGGCUCUCAGCACCAUAUCAACUCAUUUGGAGAUGCGGGUGCAGAAGAUGCCAGUCCACGAGGAGUCCGUGCUCAAUGAUUUGAAGGGCGGCAUGAUGUACUGGCAUGGGAGAGAUCGAUCCUGCCGACCUAUCCUGGUUUGGAGGAUGGAAAAGAUCACCAAAUUUGAUGCAGACCGUGCAACUAGGAUGAUGCUGUUUAUCCUCGAGUUUGCAGUGCGGUACCUGCUGGUUCCAGGGCGGGUCGAGAACUGGGUUCUGAUUGUAGACCUGGCAGGCUGUGGCCUGUCCAUGGCAGCAGGCUCUGCCUUCCGGACCAUUUGCAGGAAUGUCACCCGCUUAUUGGAGGAGGUUUACUGUGGUCGUAACUUCACUACGAAGAUCUUCCACAUGCCUUCAAUUGUCCGGGCAAUUGUCAACUCUCUCAUACCUGAAGACAAGAAGUCGAAGGUCGAGUUUGUUGCGGAUGCGGACAUUGCGAAGUCCAUGAGACAGCUUUGUGAGCCGAACCAGCUCGAAGAGCAAUACGGCGGGACAGCUCCAAACGUUCGGGAAGGCACGGCGUUUCCGUUCCGUUUCUUCCCCCACUGCCGCGGGCCGAACAGUGGUGGCUCACCCCCACUACCCUCGCUGCAUGAUGUGACAGACCGCUCCUUCCAUGAAGGUUUCUCCCUAGAUCUCUUCGAAAAGGCGCAGGCGAUCUGGCGACCUUUUAUAGGCCGCCAGCCCCUCACCAAAAUGGGAGCGGAAACGGUCUCAAAGCUGCUUGAGCAGACCAUCGCUCCAACAGAGACAUUGGACCAGUGGCUGUCUUUGCAAGACAGUGCAGGUAGGUAUACUGCUCACAAGGCUCUGGCAAAAGCCGCCGACGACGCUGCGGAGCAGGUUGUGCCAGAGCCUUCGGAGCCCGUGUCUCCGACCUUGUCGAAUGUCGCGGACACCGGAAAGAGCGAUGCAGUCACAAACACAGAGCUGGACAAGGACCAGUUGGAGAAAGAGCUAUCAAGCUCGAUCGUUGUGAAGAAGGAUGCAGACGACUAUCCUAUUAUUGAAGGUGAAUCCAAGGCAUCUUGCUGCGUGUGCUCACUUUGA